AUGGGUCAUAAGAAAAGUCGACAUGCAAUAACACCACCACUUGAACAUGCUGUUCUUCGUCGUAUUACACGUGCAACAACAUUUUUACCUGAUGAAAUACAAUAUUUUUAUUAUGAUUUUCUUAAAUAUACACCAAAUGGUUAUUUAACAUUAGAUGAUUUUGAAAGAUUGUAUCAAACGUUAUUUCGUAAUGGUAUAUCAGAAAAAUUUGCUGAAUAUGCUUUUCGUGCAUAUGAUACAAAUCAAGAUGGUAUUAUUGAUUUUGAAGAAUUUAUUAAAGGUUUAUAUUAUACAACUAAAGCAUCAGCAAAUGAAAAAAUUCGAUGGGCAUUUGAUUUAUGUGAUCAAGAUGGUGAUCAUCAACUUGAUAUAAUCGAACUUGAAAAUAUAAUUCAAGCACUUUAUGAAUUAUCCGAUGCGGAUAUGGCACGAAUUGAAACAUAUGAUGAAGCAAUAAAACGUGUUAAACAGUUACUUUUAACAAAUCAAGAUAAUAAAAAUAAUGAAAUUUUUGAUUCAAUAACAAAAAGUGAAUUUAUUGAUGUUGUUCAAAGUGAUGCAACAAUUAUGAAAUUAAUUGAUUGUCAAUCAAAUUUAAAUAAACGUGGAAGUAAAUUUGAUAAUUCUACAAAUUUAUUUAAAAAACAAUUAAAAUUUAAAUCAUCAAGAAGUAAAUCAUUAUCAGAUUCAACAUUAGCAGCAAAAAAUCGAAUUGACUAA